AGUCCAUGAAGGCGACAUCGGAUACAGGCUGGAGAAUUUCUUCUGGAGGAUCUGGGGUAGCGACCGGCUUCGCAGCUCAAUGGACGGUUCGACGCUGGCCAAAUUGUUCCUACAAAUAUGCGACUCUAAUCCAAUGUCGAUUUCUAUACUCCAGCAGUUAAAAAGGGUGAGUGGACUUAGACUUGCAACAGGAAACUUCCUUUCUGUUUCUCUAGGCAGGAGGCUGAUUCCGUUCACCCAGGAGAAUUCGUCUCGUUCUGCAAGGGGAAGCGACGACAAACCGCAAGAGACGCCGACUAGUAACACUAGAGCCAGACGAGCCCCCCUACAGCCCAUCUUGAAAAAAUCAAGUACGCCCUCAGGGGAAACACACAAAACAACUCGGCUACUUCUUACCAGUGUCGAAGGCCAGAGCAUUGAGCGCAAGCCAUCCAACCCUCCGACCCCAGUUCCGCCAUCUCAACCUACACUGGAAGAUUUCAACCGACCAGCGCAGAAGAAUAAGACCGUUUUUGUGGCGGGAAAAGGCAAGAGUACCAAGCGCCGGCCGGUGAUCAUGCGACGCAAGUCAUCGCAAACAUCUUCUGGUGCAAGUACCCGUACUCAGAGCCCGCAGCGGGCCUCCAAAUUAUUGACCCUGAGAACUCGAGAAACACCAUCGAAACAGGAAGACUCCAGUGAUUCCGAGGCAGAUGCAAUGCACAUAGAACAUGUCGUGCCUCGUGAGAAAAUUAGCGAUGCGACCGACAAACCCCCCGAGCUGCCACCGGAGUUUCUAUCAAAUCUGAAAGGUAUCCUCGCCGAUAAAGGAUCACCGCCGCAGAGUACCAAAUCGGCUCCCCCCAAAUGGGGCUUUGUUACAACCGAUGACUGGACCCACUACGAUGUAAGGUACCUAGAGCCAGAGAACUAUGAACAGCCAUCAUCAGAGUCACUCGUUGAUAGAGGCUUCCGUUCGCGCUUUACAGAGCAAGUUGACCUGGAGAAGGAGUAUUUGGCCACGUCCGUGGGGGCGAGCACAAAAGAGGGACUAUUGCAAUUUCUUCAAUCUAGAUCAUCCGAAGUCAAGACCAGCGACGAUGCCUCUCACGCACAGUCGGGCCUGAAUGUAGAUACGCCCACCACGAGCUCUGGUAUCCCGAUCCUAACACCAAACACUGAUAGUUCUACAACAUUCUCUACUAACAGUGACCGCGCGACAUCUGGAGGCUUUCCAACUCUUCUAACACCUUUCUCCCUAACUCGCGGACGCGGCCAGCUUAGUCUGCUCAUUGAAGAGAACCGAAAGAAACAAGCAGCCGAGGGUAAGCAAGUGAGCGGUGGCGUCCUAGCCUUGACAUAGUGUGGGCGCCUGGAUACCUAGUAGUUGUCACAUUGGACGAGAAUCCUGGUUACAAGAGGUUUUUGAGGAUCAAGACCUUACUUGGGGCUAAUAAGAGAUUCAGGAACUAUGAUAUGUAUUAACGAAGACCAAGAUCAGGGUAGAAUACAAAGGCCCAUUUUUCACUUGAGCUGCUCUAUUAAAACCAGAAAACCCCAUGAGACUGGCUCACUCCCCCCCCCCUUUCCAUCCCG